AUUAGAAUAUUUACUUAAUAAGUGGAGUUUUAAACUGUAUUUCUCAUGUAUUUUAGUGAAUCUCAUAUUAACUUAUUAGGUUAUACUUUUUGAUAAAUAAUUUAGGUUAGACUUAGGUAAGAUAAGUACGUAUUAAACUGGGAUGAAGAUAAAACAAUGCCAAAACAAACGGACACGCUUCAGCUGAUGAUAGAUUUAAUUUUGCCAAUAGUAUAAACCAGUUACGCCUUUUUAUAGAACAACUCUGCCAUACUUGAUAAUUCAUACACUCUAUCUCUUCUCUCUCUCAAUCUCUCAAAAGAUCUCCGGUAACGUUUUAACGUCGGUGAAAAAAUGCGGAAGUUAACGGCGGUUAAUUCACUACUGAAACGGAACAAUUAUCUUCUUCCGCGCCAUGGCUCCUCACAAACAGCAGCUCAGAGAACAUCCUCCGUCCGCGAGACCGAGACCGAAACAAAACUUCCGAAAAUGCCCCCGUUCAAUUAUUCUCCGCCGCCUUACGACGGUCCAUCUACGGCAGAGAUCAUCGCAAAGCGGCGAGAGUUCCUCAGCCCCGCUCUUUUUCACUUCUACAACACACCCUUAAACAUUGUGGAGGCAAAGAUGCAGUAUGUGUUCGACGAGAAUGGACGUCGAUAUUUAGAUGCCUUUGGAGGAAUAGCGACGGUUUCGUGCGGCCAUUGCCACCCGGAAGUAGUUAACUCCGUCGUCAAACAGUUGAAACUUAUUAACCACUCCACCAUCCUUUACCUUAACCACACCAUCUCCGAUUUCGCUGAAGCCCUUGUCUCCACUCUUCCGGGAGAUCUCAAGGUGGUGUUUUUCACGAAUUCGGGUACGGAGGCGAAUGAACUUGCGAUGAUGAUGGCUAGACUGUAUACAGGAUGUAACGACAUCGUUUCGCUUAGGAACUCUUAUCAUGGAAACGCAGCUGCUACUAUGGGUGCCACUGCUCAGUCCAACUGGAAAUUCAACGUCGUUCAGAGUGGAGUUCAUCACGCCAUAAAUCCAGAUCCUUACAGAGGAAUAUUUGGAUCCGACGGUGAAAAGUACGCGAGUGAUGUACACGAUCUUAUCCAAUUCGGAACGUCCGGUCAAGUCGCCGGUUUCAUUGGCGAAUCAAUCCAGGGUGUUGGAGGAAUCGUAGAGCUUGCUCCCGGAUACUUACCGGCGGCUUACGACAUCGUGAGGAAAGCCGGAGGAGUUUGCAUCGCCGAUGAAGUCCAAUCCGGUUUUGCUCGUACCGGAACCCAUUUCUGGGGGUUUCAAUCCCAUGGUGUUAUCCCUGACAUCGUCACCAUGGCCAAGGGGAUCGGUAACGGUAUACCACUUGGAGCGGUUGUGACGACACCGGAGAUUGCCGGCGUUUUAAGCCGUCGGAGUUACUUUAAUACUUUCGGCGGAAAUCCAAUGUGCACGGCCGCAGGACACGCAGUACUUAGAGUCCUUCACGAAGAGAAGCUCCAAGAGAAUGCUAACCUCGUUGGCUCACAUCUUAAACGUAGACUUACGCUACUCAAAAACAAAUACGAACUCAUUGGAGACGUGAGAGGGAGAGGAUUGAUGCUAGGAGUUGAGUUUGUCAAAGACCGCGACUUAAAAACUCCUGCAAAAGCAGAGACCCUUCAUUUAAUGGAUCAAAUGAAAGAAAUGGGAGUGUUGGUGGGGAAAGGUGGAUUCUAUGGGAAUGUCUUCAGAAUCACUCCUCCUCUCUGCUUCACCCUCUCCGACGCUGAUUUCCUCGUGGAUGUGAUGGAUCACGCCAUGUCCAAGAUGUGAUUUACUAUCUUUAUCCGUUCUCUAAUGAUCACUCACCCUUGUAUGUGUAUAUAAAUAACACAAUACAUCAUAAAGUAGAAUUACAAUUGGUGUUUACCGAAAUAUAUCACAGAUGCAAGUAUAUGUAACUAAAUGUACAGUACUGUAUACACUUGAUAGAAUCUACAAAUAAAUAAAAAACUCGCUGCUAAUGAUAUUCCACAAAUACAUAUAUUGAUCCGAAGUUUCGAGUUUAGAGUAAAACUUGAAUGAUACACCUGUGGGGCAAAACAGUUGGUCAUCAAAGACGAGGAAGUGGUAGAAAUGGCGGCGCCGCGGCGGAGUAGGAAAACGAUGUCCGGAGAGCUGUCCUGAUCGCGGAAACGAGACUCGUCAGCACGAAUAUAAGUUCUUCAAGUAUGCAUAGUGUCUUUCUUAUCAUCGAAUCUUCUUGUUUUCUCGAUGCGAGAUUCCCAAGUGAGAGAGAGGGAGUUGUGAUAUUUUUCUGCUGACUUUUAGAUAUAUAUGGCCUUUGAUAAUGUUAUUCAGACAAACAAAGUGUCAGCUUGAUGUUUG